CACGCACACACUUUUUCCCGUCUCUACUAAGAAGGAAGACAUAUUUUGCUCUCCUUUCUAUGGAUAAAUAUAAAUACAGAUAGGGAGAUACAGACACCACGGAGGAAUGCAGGCUGAAACUAGAGAAACAGAGGAACUGGAGCUGGACUCAGACAAUGACCUGAAAAAGACCAGUGACUUGGAGGAUGAAGAGGGCAGUGAUUCUGAGCAGGCUGUGGUCCUGUGGGUUCCUACAGGACGUAGACUUAUUUCUGGACUUUUUGGGAUCAACGUAGUGCUGCUGGGAGCCGCGCUGGUCGCCGGCAACACUUUAAACGCGGAUGGACGUCCUCAUAAUAAGCCUGGAGUGUUUCUCCUGCUGCUGAUGGGGCUCAGUGUGGUGUGGAUGAUGUGGUACCUGCUGUGGACACGACGGUGGCCUGGAGCAGCUCCACACACUGAUCAUCACGCGGGGGGUACUACAGUCCUUUUGGUCCUCUUGCUGUUUUCAGGAUUCAGUUUGCUGCUGUGUGUGUUCAUGAUGGCGUACAACUGCAUGAUGGUGAAAUGUCAGUCAUCAACUAAAGUGCUUCAGCCCUUCUUCCAGACUCCAUUCCUCAUCCUGCAGACCUACCUGCUCUGGGCUCAUUCCAAAGACUGCAUCCACAAACACAGAGCCCUCACCAGGUUUGGACUAAUGCUAACCCUGUGUACAGAUGUCUUGUUAUGGCUGAAUGCAGUAACAGAUGACAGCAUCCACAUGGAGAUAGAAAUGGAGAGACAGUACAAUGAGUCCAUCAGACAUGUGAAAUUAGAUGAUGGUGAGAAUAUGAUGAAGUGUAAGUGCAGAAAGCAGCCAGUGUGCGCCGCUCUGCGUAAAGGUUAUGAGGUCCUGUAUCCCUUCAACAUGGAGUUCAGCCUGCUAGCUAGCUGCAUGCUCUAUGUCAUGUGGAAGAACGUGGAGCGUCAUGUGAUUGGAUCCCACUCCGGCCAGGCCCAGAAGAUCACGCUGCGGAUCGUGCGCCGUGGUGGAAUCUUAUUCGGGUUGAUCUUUGGUGUUUUGGUGCUGAUCAUUGGGAUUGUGGUGUUCCUGGUGUACCAGGUGUGGGUUGGGCAGAAAGUGCGACGUGUGGAUGCUUUUCUCAUGUUCUACUACUUUCACCUUUGCGUCAUGCCUGCUAUGGCUCUGUGCUCGCUGAUGGGGAUGCUGGUUUACCACUGGAAAGAGAGUAAAGGCAAAAACCAGCAUCAAGUAAGCAAAGCCAAACAUGAAGGAGGUGUGAUUAAAAACCCGACACGCAGUCUGGACAUAGUGCUGCUCCUCGGUGCUGGCCUCGGCCAGCUCUCACUCUCGUACUUCUCGCUGGUGGCUGCUUUGGCUGUCGGAGUCGGAGGCAUUCUUGAAAAUCUACACCUGUCAUAUUCACUGCUCAGCCUGCUGGAGCUUGUGUUGCAGAACAUCUUCAUUAUCCAGGGUCUGCACUCUCACACACACCCACACACACCAUCACACACCCACUCAGUCAAGAACGAGAUGGAUGGUGAGAGGGAUGAGGCAGAGCUCACCUGUGAGCAGAUGAUUAAGAAAGGAGAGAAUACAGAGAGAGGAGAAUCGUCGCCAUGUCCGAAACCAGACGCUCAUCACCGGAGUAAGAGGGUCAUCCAGGAGAUCUGUGCUUUCCUCAUCCUCGCUAACAUUAUGCUGUGGGUGAUCCCAGCGUUUGGAGCACACCCUCAGUUCGAGAGCGGAGUAGGGAAGGAUUUCUUCGGGUUCUCGGUGUGGUUCGUGUUGGUGAAUCUCAGCCAGCCGCUCACCGUCUUCUACAGGAUGCACUCUGUAGGCGCGCUGAUAGAGCUGCUCAUCUCUGCAUGAACAUGAACACUAGGAGCAGAAACAGACAUUUUAGUCCAACAUAUUCAUGUAUCUGUGUAAACAUCUGUAAACAUGUAUUCUCUCCUUGAACUGUUGAAAUAAAACGUUUUUGGUUAACACAUUAUCUAA